CUAUCUCCAACCGUUGGAUCAAACACAUGGCUCAUACUUAUUGGCCACUUACCAAAAUGGAAUAUUCCCUAGACAUUCUUUAAACCAUCUCGCUUAAUAAAAAUACCGAAUCACAUGGCUUACAAAAUCAGAACAAAAGAUACACACUAACCAAUUUGACUCAUGACCGAGGCGUUGAACGGAGACUACCAAGUUUGUGAAGAGAUCGGCCGGGGACGAUUCGGCACCGUUUUCAGGUGUACCUCACGGAUCUCCGGCGAAUCCUUCGCCGUUAAAUCCAUCGACAAGAGUUUAAUCUCUGGCGACACGCUCGACUCCCAAUGCCUCUUGUUAGAGCCCAAAAUCCUCCAGUUCCUCACUCCGAAUCAUCACAUCGUUCAAAUCGUCGACGUUUUUGAAGACGAUUAUCACCUUAACAUGGUUCUCGAGCUCUGCGAUUCACAAGAUCUGUAUCACCACAUAAUCAACAAAGGCAUUCUGUCUGAAUCCGAGUCAAAAUCUAUCAUCACUCAAAUUCUCCAAGCCAUUUCUCACAUGCACAGGUUAGGGAUUGUUCAUCGCGAUAUAAAACCAGACAAUAUACUGUUCUCGUCCGGAAAUGUUGUGAAAAUUUCAGAUUUCGGAUCGGCAGAUUUUUAUAACAAAGAGAGUGGGGAGCUGAUGAGGGGAGUGGUAGGGACACCGUACUACGUGGCUCCGGAGGUGUUGGCGGGAAUGGAUUAUAACGAGAAAGUGGAUAUAUGGAGCGCCGGUGUCGUUUUGUACGUAAUGUUGGCGGGAUUUCCGCCGUUUUACGGGGAGACGGUAACGGAAACUUUCGAGGCUGUAUUGAGAGCGAAUCUCCGGUUUCCGAAUCGGGUGUUUCAGAACGUUUCUCCCAUGGCGAAGGAUUUGCUGAGGAAAAUGCUCUGCAAGGACGCUUCUAGAAGAUUCUCCGCCGAACAAGUUCUCCAACAUCCAUGGAUAAUAACUGGAGGAGGAGUGAGCGAUUUAACUUGAAGAGAAGACAUGAGAGAAUGUUAAAAGUAUAGAUUUUAGUACUGUACAUGUUUUUGUAGAUAGAGCUUUUAAGCCAAAGUUGUGUUUUCCUUUGGGAGUGCUUUGUUGAUGCUUUGUAUCAUAUGGAUCUUCGGCUAUAGAAAUGAAUAAGUACUGUUUAAUGGUGUAAAA